UUAAAAAUCGUUCACUUUGCAAUAGAGCUGUGGUUGUUGUACACGCUAAUUUAAACCUCCUCCCCAGCAAGAUUGGAGCACUUUCUGUCAGCAGUCCGUCCGGCAGGAUUUAGAAGGCAAUACGGAGUUGCCUUGGUACUCCAAAUGCUUCUGAAGGGAAUGUUCAUCUUUUAUCGACUUUUCCUUUAUGUAGAGAUGGGCCGACGGAGAUGGCACACUUUGCUGGGCAUCGCCCUUCUUUUGGUCAAUGCGGGUCACUGUGAAGGCAGAGCAGAGACGAGGCAGAAAGCGAGACAAUCACCUUUAGACCUCAUCUUAAAAGGCGUGGGAGACAGCAAUAACGGGGGCAGGAACACAGUCAAACGAUACGACACUUUCUAUGCCUUGGAUCAAGACUACAAACAGUUCACUAAAGAAAAAGCCGUGUUUGUCCCAAGGCUGGACAAACCAAUAGAGGUUGUCCAUAGAGACUCCAACUUGAAAGGGAAGUUUUUAAAGCAUUUUGCAGCAGGACCAAUCUCAUUCUCAUCUGAGUGCAGUAAGCAAUUUCAGCGUCUCUAUUAUAACACAAGGGAUUGUUCCACACCAGCUUAUUACAAAAGGUGUGCAAGGUUGCUUACAAGAUUAGCUGUGAGUCCUUUGUGUACACAACACUAAAUAUUUUGCCAUACCCAAGUCACUGAAGAUGGAAAUCUGUGUUGCCUCAGAAGUGCCUUGAAAAUGUCCCCAAAAUGGAUUGGAAUUACAGCUGAUGUUGCUUUGGUUUACAGCAUUGUUUAUUUUAACUGCUGAAUGCUUUUUAUUUACAUGUGAAUAUGUAUGUGUGAGAACAUUCCACUUUGUGUGUUAAUUAAGCUUAUCUUUGAUUUGUAAUAUUAUUGCAUAGAAUUCAAAUAAACCAAUUAUUUAUUGAAAUACUUUCUAUAUAAUGAUCUGCACUGAUGAAAUAAUGUAAAAAUACAGAAACCCCCAGUGAAGCAGUAAUUUUAAUAGGUUCACAUUGUAUUGGCCUCCCUUCUUAGAAGGUGCUGGCAAUGGACAAAGACAAUACGUUUCCAGCAUUAGCAGUUCUGUUUAACAGUAGUGCCAAAGAAGGUGAUAUUCUAAUCAAUAGGAUGGAAAAUAAAGCAUUAUGCUUAUACGGUUAUAAGUUGUGUAUUAAAGAGGCCCAUAUUAUUCACAAAGCUUAUGAUGAACAGCUAAAAUGAAGGCACACUAAUUACCACAAUAAGCGUUGAUUGAAUGCUUUACACUCACUGCAAUCCGUAUUUGGAGUUUGUCCCGCUUUUGGUGACAUGGCUUCACGCUGCUGAUUGAGAAUGUUGUUCUUUAUAAGUAGUCAGUGUUUGAUUAUUGUAUUUUAAAUUUAAAGAAUCUUCAUGAUCUUAAAUGGGCCAAUAUGAUGUACUAAUUAUUUUACAAUGGAUUAUGUCAUUGUAUUAUACCUCUUCAAUUUCGUUAAGACUCUUUUUCAUUAUUUGCACUGAGCUUGAAUGCAAUGCAAUUCACUUUCCAUAGGAGCUGUAAAUUGAACUUUAUUCUCUACAAAUAAUAAUGAAAAUAUCAGUUUGAUACUUUAGUUCUGAAGCUCUGUUACAAUGUACUGCACAUUGAGAAUUUAAGCUCAAAAUGUACCUUGCUUUGGAAUAUUAUCUCAUAGCUAUUAUGAAUUACCAUUGGUACAGGCACUUAUGUAAAACAAUGCAAAUAAUAUAAAUAUUGGAGA